AUGAACGCCUGUCUCGUUGGAAUCUGGCUCUGGCUCCCUCUACUCUUUACCUGGCUCAGCCCUGAGGUCAGCUCUUCAUGGUGGUACAUGAGAGCUACGAGUGGCUCCUCCAGGGUGAUGUGUGACAACGUGCCAGGCCUGGUGAGCCACCAACGGCAGCUGUGCCACCGACACCCGGAUGUGAUGCGUGCCAUUGGCCUGGGCGUGACUGAGUGGACGAUGGAGUGCCAGCACCAGUUCCGCCAGCACCGCUGGAACUGCAACACCCUGGACAGGGAUCACAGCCUCUUCGGCAGGGUCCUGCUCCGAAGUAGCCGGGAAUCUGCAUUUGUUUACGCCAUCUCUUCAGCUGGAGUUGUAUUUGCCAUCACCAGGGCCUGUAGCCAAGGAGAAUUAAAAUCCUGUUCCUGUGACCCAAAGAAGAAGGGAACCGCCAAGGACAACAAGGGCACUUUUGACUGGGGUGGCUGCAGUGAUAACAUUGACUAUGGGAUCAAGUUUGCCAGAGCGUUUGUGGAUGCCAAGGAAAGGAAAGGCAAGGAUGCCAGAGCCCUGAUGAACCUUCACAACAACCGAGCCGGCAGGAAGGCUGUAAAGAGGUUCUUGAAACAGGAGUGCAAGUGUCAUGGCGUGAGCGGUUCCUGCACCCUGAGGACCUGCUGGCUGGCCAUGGCUGACUUCAGGAAAACGGGCAAUUAUCUCUGGAGGAAGUACAAUGGGGCCAUCCAGGUUGUCAUGAACCAGGAUGGCACUGGUUUCACUGUGGCUAACAAGAGGUUUAAAAAGCCAACGAAAAAUGACCUCGUGUAUUUUGAGAAUUCUCCAGACUACUGUAUCAGGGACCGAGAUGCAGGCUCCCUGGGUACAGCAGGCCGUGUGUGCAACCUGACCUCCCGGGGCAUGGACAGCUGCGAAGUCAUGUGCUGUGGCAGAGGCUAUGACACCUCCCACGUUACCCGGAAGACCAAGUGCGAGUGUAAGUUCCACUGGUGCUGUGCCGUGCGCUGCCAGGACUGCGUGGAGGCCCUGGACGUGCACACGUGCAAGGCCCCGAAGAGCCCCGACUGGGCAGCUCCGACAUGA